GGAGCUGAAAAUUGCUUGGAAGGCCUUAUAUUUGUAAUCACAGGAGUGCUGGAGUCCAUUGAACGAGAUGAGGCCAAGUCUCUAAUUGAGCGUUAUGGGGGAAAAGUAACAGGAAAUGUUAGCAAGAAAACAAACUACCUUGUCAUGGGUCGUGAUAGUGGACAGUCCAAGAGUGAUAAGGCAGCAGCCUUGGGGACAAAAAUUAUUGAUGAAGAUGGCCUAUUGAAUCUCAUUCGAACUAUGCCAGGCAAGAAGUCCAAGUAUGAGAUAGCACUUGAAGCCGAG